GGGUGAGGGGUGACUCAGUUUACCCUGCUAUAAAACGGGGAACAACAGGCAGAGGUGGCACCCACGCCAGGGCUGCUGGAUGAAAGCAGAGGGUGCAGCGCCAGGAACGGUAAUUGCCGGGCCAGGCCUGGGAGGGACGGGGCCGCCCUCGCCCGGGCUCUGGGGAGAAGCUAUUUGAAGUGUGCGUGUGUCCGGCCGGCCCCGGGGGCCUUGACCUCACCGGGCUGGGCCCUGGGAACGCCCCUUGUGUCUGUACAGCCCAGGCCCCUUCCCGGCUGCAGCCCGUCUGGAGAGCACAGGGCUCCGAUGCCGGCCCCUGGGCCUGUGGUGGCAGGGCUCGGAGACCACCCCCCUGACACUCGGGAAACUGAGGCUUGGGGUCAGCAGCAGCAGCCUCCUGAUGCCCGGCCGUCACUGACUGAACCCCGGCUCCAGCGCACCAGGCAGAUACUCUUUAGAGCGGGACCUGGUUCCAUCUCUGGAUGAUUCUGGAAACCUUCCUCAUGUGACCCCUAUCAAGGCUACAAACUCUGCUGCAACUGCUGGCCCCAGCUGCACCGGCUGCAGUAGCUCGGACGGCUCGACUCUGGCUCCAGCCACCCAGAAUUACAAGACUACAGGCACCAGUGUCAAGUUUGAGGGUUUGCUGGGCCACCCACACUCCAGACCAGCUACAAAUUCGGGGGGUUCCCACCACCCUGUGUGUCCUAUGGUUGGCUAGAACGACUCCCAGAACUCACUGAAAGCAGUUCUGAGGGUUACAGUUUUACAACAGUAAAAGGAUACGAAUCAGAAGCACCCGAAGGCGGACACCAGGGCCCGUCGGGGAGGGCCUCAGACGCCUUCUCCUCGGGGCUCAGCGCGUCGCCCUUCCAGGAGAUGGACCUUCUCAGGCGGGACUGCCUCCUGGCUUAGUGUCGGUGUUCACUCGGGGUCUCGCUGUGCGGGCAGAGCUGACGGGCUCGUUCACGUGGCUGAGCCCCAUCUGCGAGGUCGGGCGGGGGCUGAUGUGGGCCGGCCAGACCCAAAGACCCAGCCCCAAUCCCGUGGCCCCACCUGCCGUCUCAUUAGCACAGGAGCAGCCAGGUGGGGUCCUGGGCCCACCUCAAAGAACAAAAGACCCUCCCAUCCUGGGAAAUUUCGAAGAUAUGCAGGUUGUCUCCCCAGGAGCCUGGGCAAAGGCCGGCAACUUCUCCAUCCCCCCCCAGGCUGCCCAGCUGCGACCCCACCCUGGGGCCCGUGCACCACCCUGCUCCUCUCCCCAAAGUGCCGCUGGCUCCCUGCUCACCCCGCAGGAGGCCCUGCCCAGCCGCCCAGGCCCUCCUGUAUGGACAUGGCCGUCUUCUGGCGUGUGGAUGUUACUUAUGAUGCCCACUGUCCAUGGCUGCCAGCCACGUGCAGUCUGGACAGAUGCCACCUGGGUACUCCUCGGCCGACCCCGGAUUGACCUGUACGCGGGGGCGCUCUUCGUGCACAUCUGCCUGGGCUGGAACUUCUACCUGUCCGUCACCCUCACGCUCUCCGUCACGGCCCUGUACACCAUCGCAGGGGGCCUGGCGGCGGUGAUCUACACGGAUGCCCUGCAGACGCUCAUCAUGGUGGGGGGGGCUGUCUUCCUGGCCGUCAAAGCUUUCGACCAGAUCGGCGGCUACGAGCAGCUGGAGGCAGCCUACGCCCGGGCCGUGCCCCGCAGGACCGUCGCCAACACGACGUGCCACCUGCCACGCGCGGACGCCAUGCACAUGUUCCGGGACCCCUCCACGGGGGACCUGCCCUGGACCGGGAUGACCUUCGGCCUGACCGUCAUGGCCACCUGGUACUGGUGCACCGACCAGGUCAUUGUGCAGCGGUCGCUGUCCGCCCGGGACCUGAACCACGCGAAGGCCGGCUCCGUCCUGGCCGGCUACCUCAAGAUGCUCCCCAUGGUGCUGAUGAUCAUGCCGGGGAUGAUCAGCCGCGUGCUCUACCCAGACGACGUGGGCUGCGUGGUGCCGUCCGAGUGCCUGCGGGCCUGCGGGGCCGGGAUCGGCUGCUCCAACAUCGCCUACCCCAAGCUGGUCCUGGAGCUGAUGCCCGUAGGUCUGCGGGGCCUGCUGGUCGCCGUGCUGAUGGCCGCCCUCAUGUCGUCGCUGACCUCCAUCUUCAAUAGCAGCAGCACCCUCUUCACCAUGGACGUCUGGAGGCGGCUGCGGCCCCGCGCCGGCGAGCGGGAGCUGCUGCUGGUGGGACGGCUGGUCAUCGUGGCCCUCGUGGGCGUGAGCGUGGCCUGGAUCCCCGUCCUGCAGGGCUCCAACGGCGGGCAGCUCUUCAUCUACAUGCAGUCCGUGACCAGCUCCCUGGCCCCCCCGGUGACCGCCGUCUUCCUCCUGGGCAUCUUCUGGCGGCGUGCCAACGAGCAGGUGCAGAAGCGGGGGGCUCCGGGCGCCUUCUGGGGCCUGAUGGGGGGGCUGGCGGUGGGCGCCACGCGGCUGGUCCUGGAGUUCCUGUACCCGGCCCCGCCCUGCGGCCAGCCGGACACGCGGCCUGCCGUCCUCAGCAGCGUGCACUACCUGCACUUCGCGGUGGCCCUCUUCGGGCUCAGUGCGGCCAUCGUGGUGGCCGGGAGCCUGCUGACCCCACCCCCCCGGGACGUGCAGAUCGAGAACCUCACCUGGUGGACCCUGUCCCGGGACGCAUGCUUGGGCGGCAAAGCAGGUGAGCAGGGCCCUGGGUGCCCCCUGCCCGCCGGGGGGCGGCUCCGUCACCUGCCCACACCUGCCGUCACCCCCUGCAGGUGCCGGCCAGACACCCCAGAGACGCGCGUUCUGGGCCCGCGUCUGCGAGGUCAAUGCCAUCCUCCUCGUGUGUGUGAACGUCUUCUUCUACGCCUACUUCGCCUGACGCAGCCAGCCAAGGCUGACGGGGGUCCUCGGGGUGCUCGCGUCCACCCCCCUUCCCAAAGGAGGACACAGGCCAGAGGGGCGGUCAGUGCCCAGGGCCCCGCCGAGCCCACUUCAAAGCAGUCGUAGUUGGAAAAAAAGUCAGACUUCAGGGGUGGCCCGGUACUCGGUUGACUGUUUUUAUUGUGAACGCACCGGCCCGGGGCAGGGGCAGCAGAACCUUCCAGAGCUUGGGGAGCUCGGGGAUCUCGGGGCCUGGAGUGGCUGCGGCCGGGUGCAGGGGCCUCUCUCCUGCCCAGGAGCGAGGUGGGUCCCCCGGCAAGGCCCUUUCAGGAACCCUCUCAGUGUCCCUGGUCCCCAAGGCUGCAGCUCCCCCGUCUGGGUGCCCCCCUUUAGUCCCGCUGUGCCCCCGACCCAGAAUGCGGCCCUGCUGGGCCUCCAAAGUCCAGCCCUGGCCCCAGGUGCCCUCGUGGGCUAUAGGUUUCCGGCCCCAGCCCCGUGCCCCUGCUCCCUGCUCUCGGCAGAACCGGGGCCUGAACUGACAAGAACCGCUGCAGCCCCCAGCCCCGCAUGGCUGGUGCAGCCCCUUCCCCUCAGAAGUUGUCCAUGGGGCUGGGGGCUUCUGGAGGUGACACCAGCAAACAGGGUGGGUGGCCGCCCCCAUCCUGGGGGUUCCAGCGGCCCACCCACAGGUCUGGUGCUGCCCAGAAGUGCUGUCCACUGGUUGGGGUCACAGGCCUGCAGCACCCCCUUACCUGUCUCAAGGGGCCUUUCAAAGGAGGGGGCAGGCAGGGGGUUGGCCCCAGGUGAACCCACCCACCAAGCCCAGGGCUCUCCCUGGGUUGAGCCCCCACAGGGGGUCACCAGACCCCACCCUCUGUGAGGAGGCGGUGAUUGAUGGGAUGAGGGGGCGGGGGCUCUGCCGACCCCAUCCACAGCCACCCACCGCGCUACUGGCCCAGGGGGCGGGGGCCGGGCACAGGCGGGGGCUCCCCUCGUCCGCGGGCGUGUGUGGGCAGCUGGCUGGGUGGCCGGCGGGGCCGGAGGUCGGGGGCGGCAUCAGGAGCCCCCGUCUUCCCCCGAGCCCCGCGGCCUCAGUGUCCUCUCCACGGAGUGGGCGCGCUCACAGGUGCACCGGCUGCACGUAGCUCCGCGGGAAGAAGCCCACGCGCCCCCCCAGCCGGCCGCGCCACCAGUGGGGGUCCACGCGCUCCACCACCUCAAUGAUGUCCCCUCGGCGGAAGCUCAUCUGCGAGGGGUCCUGGGCCGAGAAGUCGAACUGGGCCUGGGCGAAGCAGGCCCGGGGCGGCUGCGAGGGGAGAGAGUGUGGAUAGCGGCGCUCCUGCAGCCCCUCUGUGACCUGCGCCCCCCCUGGCGGGGUUUCCCCACAGAGAAGCCAUUGGGCUGAGCUGGUGGGAGGCAUGGCUUCGGGGCAGACUUGGGGAUGAACUUCCAUCGUGCCUGCAUCCACCUCGGGUGGCCUCCCGCUGCACAGACCCGGGCAGGUUUGCCACACAGACUCUGCAUCUACAUAGAACAGCACUUUCCCAGCCAUCAGCUGGCCGCAGGGCUGGAGGGUUCUUAGGGCAGGGCCUUGGGUAGGCCCCCGUCCUUCUUGGGGUCUCGCUUCUGGCUGUGCCGCAGUCGGGGGGCUUCUCGACUCGAGGCCGUUAAGACACAAGAAAGGGUCUUGCAAACUGUAGAGUGCGGUGCAGCCUCGGUCAGGCUUUGAGGGAAAGGACGGUCUCUUAGAGCAGCUCUGGGCUCUCGGGCCUGGGUUCCGGGACUUCCUGGGGAAGUCCCUGCCCCUUGUGGGCCUCAGUUUCCCCACCUGUCCUCAGCACUGAACAGGCACUCUCUCAGGCCCGUCUGCCCACCCCCCGGGAGCCUGUGGAAUCUUAUCCGAGGUGGCGGAUAGGAUCGGCAGGGAGGCUGCAAUUGUGGUUCUUUGCCCAGGAAAGAGGGGGUGUCUUGGGUCCCCGGGGACUGAGCCAGCUUUGGAGUCACCCCACAGGGUGGGUGAGCCUGAGGCCCAGGUGCGGUGGGGUGGGUUUGGGGAGCCAUCAGCCCCCACUUCCUCCUGGCUCCUUACGUUCUCUUCCUGGCAGGGCGUGGGGAGGGGGCUGGUGGUCCACGAGACAGAGGCCUGGGGAGGCCCAGCCGGGGGGUGCUCUGAGAGCCAGACGCCCCGAGACUGUGGGCUCAGCACUUACCUGUGCCCUCGGGGUCAGGCCAAGGAAGCCAAAGGCACCUGGAUGGACAGAGGGGAGCUAACGGGGGCUUCCAAGGCAGCUAUUUGGUGGUCCCGGCCCAGCAGACCCCAUUCAA